GUAACAUUUGUUACGUAACUGCUAUCCCGAAUAUGUGGGUUAGUUAUGCACAAAAAAAGUCAUUUCCCAUUUGGUUGAGAUGGCUGUGCGGGAGUACAAACAGAGCGUUUUUCCAUUAUAUGGGAAACACCCUAAUGUAGAAACUCAAUCUGUUAUUUGAUAAUUUGAAUCUCUUUAUUUUUUGGACAAAAAUUCGCAUAUUUUUCGUUACUUGAAUAAACAAGUUUGAGGACAUUUUUUUUCUUUUUCGCAUGAAUAAUUUUUUGAAUUAACCUCAACUUCAUCAUGUUUGUAAUUGAUUUACCACUUUUUCACCAGACAUUGCUUAUUAUUACAAAUUGAUUUAAAACAUGUGGUAAAUUAUUACUAUGAGUGCAACUUGAGAAAAUUUAAUGUCAGCGAAUCAAAAAUUGAAAUUAUAAAGACAUAUUUCGAGAUUGAAUUUAUAGAUGUCAGUGUUACGCUGUUUUUUUUCGUAUUAAAGAAGUAUUUCGAAAUUAAAAAUUCGAAAUGUCAGUGGAUUAGGCGCCAAACUUGGCAGAGAAAUAUAAACAAAUAAUUAAAACUAAAAUAACAAUGAGUGACCAAAUGAUAGAAAAUUAUUGCAAACGUCUCCGAAUUUCUGACGAUAAUACAAUAGAAAAGUCCAAGGAAAUAUUACGUUUGGUCAACAUGAAAAAGUGUACAAUCAACACAGUCAGCGAAGCAGUAAAGAUGAUCAUCAGUAUUGAUUGUGCAACUAAUUUAUGUAAUACUGAAAUAAAUUACGAUGACGCUUUAACACUAUCUGGGAUUAAGAAAUCUGAAUACACACGACAGAGAGAGCUUAUCGAAAAAUUACUUGAUUUGGGAAAAAAAAUAACUUUGGACGAAAUAUGUGCGCGACUCGAAAUUAGUGAUUCUAUAAAGAAAGAUGCAUUUCGAUUACUGAACGGAUACAAAGAGAAGAACGCAUUUUUAGAUGACAUUAAUGAUGUACAAUAUCUAGCAAUGGCGGUAUACCAAAGUUGUAAAAUAAAAAAUUAUAAAAGCAACAAUUCAACAAAAUUAAUUCAAAUGAGCCGAUUGAAUGGAAAAAUGUGGAAAAGAUUGGAAGAAGAAUGGAAUAGUUGGAUCAAGGAGACAAAACUACAAAAUAAAAUCCAACUCACGAGCAAUACUUCUAAAAUUGAAUUCAAAAAGAAGGGCUCUGUUGAAUAUGUGAACGAGAAUAAUGAUGACAAUAGUAUUCAACCAUAUGAAGUAUGGCGUGGGAAUAUGGUAAAAUUAGCCAAGGAAAAUCUAUAAUUCAAUUCAAAAUGUAAUUCAUAAAGCAAAAAUAAAGUAAAAGAAAAUUUAAUUUUACAAUUUA